CCUUAAGUAGCCAUAGUUAGCCAGCAGAUGGCCAGCAGCUACAGCUGCAAUUUGCAGCUUGCAGCAGUGCUUGCAGUGCUUAAUCAAUCGAAGAGUGUUAAUGAAGUGAAAAGUAGUAUCCGUGGUGCUUUUAGCAGGCUGUCUUUCUCCUUAUUAUUCAUACAAACUCCACCUGACCUAAAUCUAUCUGUCUGACGUGCAUAUCACUCGCCGUCGUGCCAACGCUGAGUCUGCAUGGGUCAGUUUUUGUCAACAAUUUGUCUCUUUCUGAUCUUGCUACGUUCUUUAGAAAAUUACGAGACAAAAAUGAUGGGUCGCAAGGAUGCUGCUGCUAUGUAUGACAAUGAGAAGAAGCACUUCAGCAAUGUCAAAUACCAGCGCAUGCAGCGGACUGAUGAUGGCUUCGUAGAUAUCCAGUUUCAGAAAACUCUGUCGAGGAUUCCCAAGAAAGCCAUUGCACUUGCAACUUGCCUAUUCAUUGGUGGAUCUGCACUGAUUGUCUUGGCAUCAUUCAUUUUUGCUGGAUUUUUCGACCCAAAAUAUGAUGACAGCAGCUGGCCAGUCCUUGUUCUGGGAGCCCUUAUGUUCAUCCCCGGUGCUUAUCAUGUACGCAUUGCAUACUAUGCUUAUAAGAAGUAUCCAGGCUAUACAUUUGAUGACAUCCCAGAUUUUGAUUAGGUUCACUUUCGUUGUUUUGACUGGACCAAAAAUUUUGUGUGUUUCUCGUCAUAACACUUGAACCAUGUAGUCAUCCGCUAUUAUGUGCCGCUGUGGCAAGACAAAAGAUUUUUUUUUUAUCUUGUGGACAUUAUGUACAGUUCUUAAGGGUGUUGAAACAUGAAAUGAGGAUGAUUUGUGUCAUGAAGAAUGUGACUUAUCAUGGCUUCUGACAAGAAAUGCUGUGAAUGUAAACAUACUGUAAAGGCAAUAAAUGUUGCUGUCUACCA